ACCAGGAACGGCAACUAUUGUUGUCGACCAGCGCACCUGCCUCUUCCUUGUCAGUUCCUUCCUCUCAACGCAACAACAUGCCGACCUCUUCGUAGACUUCAAGGUCUGCUCGACCAACCGAACACCGAGGUGCUUCCCGUCAGGAUGGAUCCACGAUGCGAAGAGAUCUCAAAGCCUAGCUAUGGCAAUUUCGGCCUCAGCAUCUUCAUCCUCUUGGGCAUCCUGAUCUCCUACCUCCCUCAGCACCUUCGCAUCAUCCGCCUCCGCAGCAGCUACGGUCUAUCGCCUUACUUUGUCUUGCUAGGCACGACGAGCGGCACCUGCGCAUUCGCAAACAUCCUCGUACUACCCAGAUCCCGAACCGACAUCGCAUGCUGUCGCGAGGUCGAUGAGUUUGCGUGUCUGGCGGGACUGUUGGGCGUUGCGCAAGUGGGCGUGCAAUGGACGUGCUUCACCAUCAUCCUCCUUCUAUUCCUCAUCUUCUUCCCUCGAACCACCAACCCACUGACCGACGACCAAGACGAUCCGCCGAAAGAUGAACUCGCUCCCUCAUACCGUACCGCCAUUACUGUGACCGUCAUCUCGGUUGUGCACGCUAUAAUCAUCGCCAUCCUGAGCUUCUACUUCGUUUAUGCCCGUCCACAACACUCGCAAGGCUGGGCCAAUUUCUUGGGGAUCCUUUCGACCGUUCUCGCGUCGAUCCAGUAUUUCCCUCAGAUAUAUACAACUUUCAUGCUCAAGAGGGUUGGGAGUUUGAGUAUACCAAUGAUGUUGAUACAGACGCCUGGCAGCUUCGUGUGGGCUGCAAGUCUGGCUGCAAGACUCGGCAGUGAGGGGUGGAGCGCGUGGGGUGUCUAUCUGGUCACUGGCUGCUUACAGGGCACCUUGCUCAUUAUGGGCAUGUAUUUUGAGUGGGUACACACCCGAAGAGAAAAGGAAGACUUGCAGUCGCGGAUGGCACAAGCCACUCCUAAUGGCGGGCAGACGACAACAGAAGAGACGCCCUUGCUUCGGGCUGAAGAUUGAAUACACUUUUUAUGUUGCCUGAUAAACACCGUCCAAG